AGAAGAAGAAGAAGAAGAAGAAGAAGACCUCGUCAUAUGACUGGAGAUAACAAACACACCCGGAACAGAAUGUUAUCUUUGUUUUUGGAAAUAUUUCACAUCGUAUUACAUUAAGAUUAUAACAGAGUAGCAGAUGAUGUGUUACUUGGAUCUAAAUAACGUUAAUUCCGUUUGCGCAGGUUGAAGGUUUGACGGUGGUAACUGCUGUUCUCUUGUACGAAGAAACCCAACUGCAAUACAAAUUCGCUACUUGAGGGUCAGAGGUCACUAUGGGGUCGGCAGUAGAGAGGACAGACGAACAUGUCAGAGAGUAUCUAAUCUACCGCGGCUUCACCAGCACUCUGAAACACCUGGACACCGAUAUCAAAGCCGACAAGGAGAAAGGCUUCAGGGUGGAUAAGAUCAUCGAUCAGCUACAGCAGUUUGUUCAGAGCUUUGACCUGUUUGGUCUGAAGGAGUACUGGCUUUACUUGGACAGACGUCUGUUGUGCAGACUGGAGGAUGUUUACAGGUCCACAGUCAAUAAACUGAGAACCAGCCUGUACAGAUACUACGUCAUCAACACCAUCCAGAAAGGGAACCUUGAGAAGACGCAGGAGUUUUUCCAGAAGCAGGCAUUAGAGCUGCAGAGUCAGGUUGAGUGGCGUGAUUGGUUUAUUCUGCCGUUUAUACCCACCCCCGAGCAGAACCCCGCCUUCUCUCCGUACUUCUCCCGCCAGUGGGCCGACACCUUCCUGGUUUCACUGCACAACUUCCUGUCCGUCCUAUUCCAGUGUAUGCCCCAGCCUGUUCUGCUGAGUUUUGAUGCUGAAGUUCAGAAGACAACGAGUCUGACUGAGGAGAACGAACAGCUCUGCCAGCUGCUGUUUGCCCUGCAGACGGAAAGUCGGGACCAGAGAGAGGUAGACGAGAUGGUCCACCACAAGCUGCCGGUAUACGUCCAGAACAUGGACCGUCUUGGAGACACUGAGCUGGACUUGGUGUCAAGCCAGCGCCCUGUCAGCACUGCCACCACUCCUUCCAGAAACUUCUUCUCAACAUUCCUGCCGCAGGGCAGACGCACUCUGGGUAAACUGCCUCAGUUCACCACUGGGUCCUCGCCAAGCCAGGUUGCAGGGUGUAGAAAGGACCCGCCAAUCAAUCUGCCUGCAAAGUCAAAAGAGGCAGUCCAAGCUAAUGAGGUGAAACCAGUUUCCAGCCAGGCAUCAACCAGUGAACCCAAGAGCUCCCAGUCACAACAGUCAACAAACCAGCCUACAAACCAGCCAUCUCAUCCCAGACACAAGAAAAUCCAGGAACAUGAGAAAGAGAGGAAGGAGCUUUUCUCCAAACCACCACCACAGAUACUAGAGAAGAAAGGGGAGACAGGAGAGGUAGAGUUACUUGCUGAGACCUCCAGCGAACCUCCUGACCCCUGCUCAUACAGCAGGAGCUGCAGAGGAGCAGAGGGAGGAGGUCUUUCAACGGACCAGUCUUUCAUCAAACUCAGCCAGGAGGAGUACGGAGAACACCACUCCUCCAUCAUGCACUGCAGGGUUGACUGUUCUGGUCGCCGGGUUGCUAGUUUGGACGUAGACGGAGUCAUUAAGGUGUGGUCAUUCAACCCCGUCAUGCAGACCAAAGCCACCAUCAUGUCCAAGUCUCCUCUGCUGUCUUUGGAGUGGGCCACCAAACCAGACAGACUGUUGUUACUAGGCAGCGGUGUUGGCACGGUGCGGCUGUAUGAUACGGAUGCCAAGAAGAAUCUUUAUGAGAUGAACAUCGAUGAAACUCAUCCACGUAUCUUGUCGUUAGCCUGCAGUCCCAGCGGUUCGUCAUUUGUCUGUUCAGCUGCAGCUCUCAGUCGAUCUGGAAGUGUAGAAUCUGCACAUCGACUUCCUAUCCCGGUGUCUGGACACCUGCUGCUCUGGGACACCAAGACUGUGAAACAACAGCUCCAGUUCUCUUUAGAACCUGAACCAGUAGCCAUUAACUGCACUGCCUUCAACCACAAUGGAAACCUGCUGGUGACUGGGGCUGCUGAUGGAGUCAUCAGACUGUUUGAUAUGCAGCGGUAUGAGAGCGCUAUGAGCUGGAGAGCUCACGAUGGAGAAGUUUACAGUGUGGAGUUCAGCUACGAUGAGAACACCGUCUUCAGCAUUGGAGAAGAUGGCAAGUUCAUCCAGUGGAACAUCCAUCGGUGUGGGGUGAAGCAGUCGGAGCAGGUUUUACCCCAGGAUGCCACCGGGCCCUUCAUCCUGUCAGGGUACAGUGGAUACAAACAGGUUCAGGUUCCUCGAGGUCGACUCUUUGCCUUUGACUCUGAAGGCCAGCACAUCCUGACCUGUUCCAGCAACGGAGGACUUAUAUACCGAUUGACCAAUGGGGAGCCCGCUCUGGAAAGCAUGCUGUCACUGGGGGGGCACAAAGCGCCAGUGGUGACAGUUGAUUGGUGCUCCGCGGUGGACUGCGGCACCUGUCUGACCGCCUCCAUGGAUGGGAAGAUCAAGCUGAGCACGCUCCUGGCACAGAAGUCCUAACACACCUGAAGGGUCAGAGGUCAUCAGAAUAAAUGAUAAACUGAUUCAGUUUGCCCAUUCGCUGAUCGAGAUUAUUCCAGAAUCUGUUAAUACAGUAUGUAAUUUGUUUAAUCACAAAACAGUAAAAACUCACCAACCUGUUAACAAAUCAUAUUAACAUUAAAAUCCCACUGAAAGUUCAAUUUGAAAGCAGGUUUUUAAUUAAAGCAGCAUGAUUUUGUAUUUUCCAGGCCUCUAGAGGAACUCCACAACAGUCUGAAAGAUUCACAGCUCUGACAUAUCCUCACCUUUUGGAGUCGUGACCGAAAUGUUAGCAAGCAGCUGUCUAAUUCCACAUGAAGCAGAGCAAUGUUAUACACUUAGAGUUGUGUUUCUGGCCACCUGAUCAAUGUAAGUCCAAUAUUCACUCUCCUUUUAUCUCUGGUUUGGUUUCCACCAACUUCUAUGGAAAAAAAUUUGGCUCUUUGGCUGCUAAAUGUUCCAAUUUCUUCACCAGCUAGCUACUAACUGUGUCUGUCUGCUGUUUGGUGCUGGGCAGGCAGUUGUUGUGAAGUGGAGCUUCUAAUUGACGACCAAGACACGUCUGGUUUUGAACGGAACACUUUACUUCCUGAAACUGCAAUAUAACAACUGUUACAGUGAACAGACCGCGCACCCGACAUAUAGGGUUUUCACUUAGCAUCAUCAGCAGUGUACAGUUGGUUUAUCUUGCUUGUUUGCUGGAAACAAGGUUGAAAAGAGCAUUGAGACUAAACCAUACAGUAAGUGUGUAAUGAAGCAAAAACUAUAAGCUAAAAGAGGCUUAAAAGCAUAGCAUCAUAUACUGAUUUGAUUAGAAACAAGUUAUAGGUUAUAAAUGAGAUAUUCUGAAAAGUAGCAUUGCCCCCUAUGGCUCUCAAUGUGGUGACGGCUGAACGGAUAUGUUGCAGCUAAUGGUGCUACAGUGCAAACAACGGUUACAGUGCUGACAAUGUUAACCCUAGGAGGAACCGGAGGGUGGGCUGUACACUUCCGCAACAAUGCUGAAGGUCGGGAUGGCUUUAUCACUGUCACCACCAUAUCAACACCUUGCAGAGCGGUGGCCAUGAGCUAGCCAGUGGGGCAUGCUCUGUGCACUAACACACUAGAAGGCAGGUGCGGCCGGCCCGGUUAUGUCAACAGCAAAGAGAAGCUCUGAUUACAACAUAUACAAGGAGAGCAACUGCAUUAUCUGCUCAGGUAGCCAUUACUCCACUCUAUCUUUACAUUGCAAAUUGUUGUUUGCUGCUAUAUUAAUGUACUGAAUAUCAUAUAUAGAACCUUUAACAGAGUGGGAAAAA